UGUUUUGUUCAGGAAGACGGAUCUGAGUGAGGUGGGGAUGUAGGAGCAAAUCAUUUAGCUAGCGUGCUAACGGUGAAGUCUAUUUGCAGGUUAGCAAACUGUUGUUUUUAAGGAUCAUCACACAGGUCCAACUCUGACAACGAGAAUGGAUAUAAGUUAACGAUGACUGGAGAGAAAAAGAAGAAAAAGCGGCUGAACCGCAGCAUUCUUCUGGCUAAGAAAAUUAUAAUAAAAGAUGGAGGCAGUCCACAGGGGAUUGGUGAGCCCAGCGUGUACCAUGCCGUGGUGGUCAUCUUCCUGGAGUUCUUCGCCUGGGGCCUACUCACCACCCCCAUGCUCACAGUUUUACGUCAGACAUUCCCUCACCACACAUUCCUGAUGAAUGGCCUUAUUCAUGGAGUCAAGGGUCUGCUGUCGUUUCUGAGCGCUCCUCUGAUUGGGGCGCUCUCAGACGUGUGGGGACGCAAGUCCUUCCUGCUGCUCACAGUCUUCUUCACCUGCGCACCCAUCCCCCUCAUGAAGAUCAGUCCCUGGUGGUACUUUGCUGUUAUUUCCAUGUCGGGCGUCUUUGCCGUCACCUUCUCUGUCAUCUUUGCAUAUGUAGCUGACAUCACACAGGAACAUGAGCGGAUCACUGCCUAUGGCUUGGUAUCAGCCACGUUUGCAGCCAGUCUGGUGACGAGCCCGGCCAUCGGCGCGUACCUGUCACAGGCGUAUGGCGACACGCUAGUAGUGAUCCUGGCCACGGCCAUCGCCCUGCUGGACAUAUGCUUCAUCCUGGUGGCCGUGCCCGAGUCUCUGCCCGAGAAGAUGAGGCCCGCCUCGUGGGGGGCACCCAUCUCCUGGGAGCAGGCCGAUCCCUUUGCAUCACUGCGGAAGGUCGGUCAGGAUUCUACUGUCCUCCUCAUCUGCAUCACUGUCUUCCUGUCUUAUCUCCCUGAGGCUGGCCAAUACUCCAGCUUCUUCCUCUAUCUCCGACAGAUCAUAGGGUUCUCACCAGAAACAGUUGCCGCCUUCAUUGCCGUGGUGGGAAUUCUCUCCAUCUUGGCUCAGACGGUGGUGUUGGGAAUCCUGAUGAGAUCCAUAGGGAAUAAGAACACUAUUCUCCUGGGUCUGGGCUUCCAGAUCCUGCAGCUAGCCUGGUAUGGCUUUGGCUCCCAGCCCUGGAUGAUGUGGGCAGCUGGAGCAGUGGCCGCCAUGUCGAGUAUCACAUUCCCAGCCAUCAGUGCCAUUGUGUCCCGCAACGCAGACCCCGACCAGCAGGGCGUGGUCCAGGGGAUGAUCACAGGGAUCCGGGGCCUGUGCAACGGCCUGGGCCCAGCGCUGUACGGUUUCGUCUUCUACCUGUUCCACGUGGAGCUCAACGAGAUGGACCCGGUCGAGGGCGUGGAGAAGGGGGCCAAGCCCAACAUGGCCAACCCCACUGAUGAGAGUGCCAUCAUCCCGGGGCCUCCCUUCCUGUUCGGGGCCUGCUCGGUGCUGCUCUCCCUGCUGGUGGCGCUCUUCAUUCCGGAGCACAACGAAGUGAACAUGCGGCCGGGCCGCUACAAGAAGCACAACAACGGAGCCCAGAGUCACGGCCACGGCCCGCAGGGGGGCAUCUGCGAGGGCAAGGAGCCUCUGCUGGAGGACAGCUGCGUAUAACCCCAGCCACCCCUGGUGGUGGUGAUUUAUAUGGGGUUUUGGGAGUGGAUGGGAAGUGUGUGUUGUUUUUUUUAGGGUGGGACAGGAGAAGGGGAAGGGGUAGAGGUAGUCUCAGGCCAGCAGGGUGGGUGGAGGAGAGGAGAGGAUGCACCCACCCACACACCCCCCUCGCAUCCACACUCUACCCACACCCCCCCGCCCGCCAUACCCUCCCCAACAUACCGCUCACCCCAUCUCCACUACUUUCACCCCACCCCACCUGCCAGACUGGUUUUGCAGUGCCCCUGGCUCUGGUGAGAGACUCCCACAGACCCCCAUGGGCCUUUCUCCGUUGCCUCUGGGCUGAUGUGUGGAGCCCUGAGACCCCACACAGGGAGCAGGGAGGCUGGGCAGAGAAGCAGGGCAAGCUGGGCCUUUCGCUUCACGUGGCUGUUCCUCUGAGACCGGACGCACCCUUGGCCUUCUGCACCAGGAAGCGGAUACUUGAGUGUCAAGGCUCACACUCUCGGAGACGCCAGCAAAAGCUGAAAUGAUCUUCAGUUGAAGGUUAUACAGAUACUAAGUUAAAUAUAGAUUUUUGUGGUUAGUUCUAUUGUUUAUUUUUUUCCUCCCCCUCUUUUCGUUCUUUUUUUUUUGUUUGUUUUAAAAAAAAAAAAAAUUAAACAUAGACCCAGAGACCAUUCAGCGCCGUUACAGUUCUUUGUCCAGAGACUUGAAAAGUUAGUUUUGUAUUGGGGAGUCCUCUGUGGAGACUGGUGGCGAGCCAAACUGUCAUCUUCUUCGUGUUCUGGUUUUGGUGUCAACAUUACGUUGGAUCGGUGGUGAAACGGUUCAUACCCUGCGGAACUCUUGUUUCAAAGCAGUAGCCUACAGCAGAGCACACUAUAGAUACAAUUUUAUACUGUGAGAAUUUAGUCUAUUUGAUACAAACACAGCUUAUUUGGAGAUCUGUAUUCUUGCACCACUGGUCCUGCCAGGGACAUGGGUCAUUACGCCCGUUUGUCAAAGCCGAACUGCUUCCACUCUUUCUCUCUCUUUCUCUCGGACACUGAAUGAAAGGCCAGUUUGGUCAUAUUUGUCUGUUCUCCUCCAAGGAUAGCUGUGUCAAAUGUUUUUAUUUAAAAGGAAAGGUUGCCUUUUAAGUGACUUCAUAUUGAUAUUACCUAACCCAAAUGAAGACUUAUGCUCUGAGAAGGGUGAGUAAUUGUUGAUAUAUAUCGCUCCCAUCGGAGCUCACAUACUCUUGAGUCUCGUUUGUGUCCACCUCGAUCACCCCCUCUCCCCGAUUUCUAGGUCCUCUGACGUGCGUGUGUGCGCGUGCGCGUGCAUGUGUCUGGGGCUAGAUUCAGUUUUUGGGCAAAGUGAUCACAUUCCCCAUCACAAACCGUCCCAUCAUGCUUUUGGUUAUCAUCAUGACCACUGAUGUUGCCAAUAAAACUCUAUGGAUGGAUAUCAUUAGAUCCUAUUAAAGAAUACAUCACCUACGUGCUGCUGCAGUAGACAGUAAAAGGUUACAUGUUCUGUGGUAUGAUAAGUCUGCAAAUGUGAUAUUUUGAGUAGACAGUUAACCUUUUCAAGGAUUCGUAUGUAAUCAGCUUCCAAGAUAUCAGACUACUCUGCAUCUUCUGUGCACUGUCUUUGGACGGAAGUGAUAUUUCAAUUACUGUAUUUAAUCUAAACUGUUAGUGUAUGUUUGAACAAUUGACUUUCCUACGUCGAACCUCAAGUGCAUUGAAUGAGCUAACAGAGCUACAUCACAAACACACUGCAGUAGGUAACAGACCUGGCAACAAGACUUUGGUUUGUUUAUUUUGUUUUGUUUUAUAUGGUUUUGUGGUAUGUUGGUUUUCUUUGUUUUGUAUAUUGUGUUUAAUUUUUUUUGUAGUUUAUUUUUUUUUAUUAUUAUUAUUAUUAUUAUUACAAUACAUUUGUAUGCAUUGUUGGUGCCAUUUUCCUUUCCUCCAGGGAAUCGAAUCACUGACAACAUUGAUGAGAAAACAAAUAGUGCAGUACGGGGUGGGCCGUGUCUUGCUCAUUUGUGCUUAACACAUUGGAAAUAACAUUUUGUGGCCUGGUUUGAUACUUACUUACUUAAUUGAUAUUUACCCUGAAAUUCUUGUUGAAUGUUACAGAAAAGUGUAAUCAUUUUUUAAAUUAACCACCAAUUUGUGCUCACUUUUAUGUUUUAACACAGAGAAAGCCAGAGGACUUUGUGUUCAAGGGGAUAUGGACUUGAUUCUUUUUUUUUUUUUUAGUGAUUCAACUGGACAUUCUUGCCUGUUCUCCUCUUAGAGCUGUCUGGUUUAUGGCCCAAAAAGAGACAAAAAAGAAAGAAAAAAAAAACAGACCUUUCUUUGUGCCUAAGUUUAGCUAAACUCUUAAUUAGCAAGAAUACGUUGAAAGUUGUGAACAUGUUGUAAAUAUUGGGAAUCUAAUGAAAAACUAUUUAUUAAAAUGUAAUGACAUUGA